UGUUUGGAGUGGCCAGACCGCCAGGGACACAGGAUGGCAGCGCGAUCAGCAGGAGUAUCUAACGGGACAUGCGGACGGACUUAAAUCUAUUACAUUUCUGACUGCUGUUUCUUUCUCCACCUCACUCUCUCCCCCCUCACUCUCUCCCCACCUCCCUAACUUUCGGCAGGUAGCCUACCGGUUAAGAGUGUUGGGCCAGUAAUCGAAAGGACGCUGGUUUGAAUCCCAGAUCCGGCAAGGUGGAAAAAUCUGCCUCUCUGCCCUCCAGCAACCCUCAACAACAACUGCUCUCAGGGUGCCGUGGACAUUGAUUAAGGCAGCCCCCCACACCUCUCUAAUUCAGAGGGGUUGGGUUAAAUGCAGAAGACACAUUUCAGUUGAAUGCAUUGUUGUGCAACUGACUAGUGUGAGGUGUCACCAUGCCUCUGGUGAAGAGGAACAUUGACCCGCGCCACCUGUGCCGGGGGGCGUUACCAGACGGCGUCGGCAGUGAGCUGGACUGUGUGAUGAACAACACCCUCUCCUCCAUCAUCCGCCAGCUCAGCAGCCUGAGUAAACAUGCGGAGGACAUCUUUGGGGAGCUGUUCAACGAGGCCAACACGUUCUACCUGAGAGCCAACUCCCUGCAGGACCGCAUCGACCGUCUGGCUGUCAAGGUCACCCAGCUGGACUCCACUGUGGAGGAAGUCUCUCUGCAGGACAUUAACAUGAAGAAGGCAUUUAAGAGCAGUACCGCCCAAGACCAGCAGGUGGUGUCCACGGGGAGCGUUCCCAUCCCUGUCAAGGAGAUGUACAACCUGAGUGAUAAACCUCCACCUCUCAACAUCCUCUCCAAAUAUAGGGAUGACCACAAGGAGGGGCUGAAGUUCUACACUGACCCCUCCUACUUCUUCGACCUGUGGAGAGAAACAAUGCUGCAGGACACAGAGGACAAGAGGAAGGAGAAGAGGAAGAACAAAGAGCAGAAGCGUUGUGUGGACGGGACGUUGCAGAGGGAGGUGAAGAAGGUGCGUAAGGCUCGGAACCGUCGUCAGGAGUGGAAUAUGUUGGCCCUGGAUAAGGAGCUGAGGCCUGACCACCGCCACACACACUCGCUCCACCAGGGGCCCACCUCCGAGGGAUCCCUGUCCCCUGAGAUGAGGGGUCUUGGGCCUGAUCACAUGGACCACCACCAACACCACUACCCUAACUCAACCAACCAUGCUGGUCACGCCUACACAUACUCCGGCCCACCCCCGAGUCUCCUGGCUGCUCAGCUGGCUGCCCAAGGACAUGCCACUCUGGACAAGGACUAUAGGGGAGCCACCCUGGGUCGCCCCCAUGAUGCUCCACCCCCUCCCCCACCCACUGAGAACAUGAACGGAUCUCUGCCACCUGUGGACUACAGUAUGAUGGAAGGAUAUGGAAACGGCCCUCCUCCCACUCUUCUCAUGCCAUCAGCACAAUCUGCCUUUGCCACCCCCCCCGGAGGACCACUUCCUCCUCCAGGACCAGUGGGACCAGCCGGUGGCUAUGCCCCGACCCCACCACCACUCACUGUGUCUCUGAUGGCUCCACCUCCCCCUAUACCUCCGCCCCCUCCUCCAGGCUCCUCCUACUCUACCACUCCCAAGAUGUCCUCCGUGCCCCACAUUGCCCAGCCUGUUAAUGAUGCUCGUAGUGAUCUGCUGGCUGCCAUACGCAUGGGUAUCCAGUUGAAGAAGGGUCAGGAGCAGCAGGAGCAGCAGGCUAAGAGGGAGCCUGUAGGGAACGACGUGGCCACCAUCCUGUCCAGACGCAUCGCCGUUGAGUACUCCGACUCUGAGGACGACUCCGAGUUGGAGGAGAACGACUGGUCUGACUAACACACACACACACACACACACACACACACACACACACACACACACACACACACACACACACACACACACACACACACACACACACACACACACACACACACACACACACACACACACACACUCAAAAGCUGAAAAGCUGAAAAGCACAUACACAUGUGCACGUUCACAUUCACAAACUAAGAACCACUAAAAUGUAUGUGUACCAACACAUGAACAUAAGCUAACAUUCACAUACACAGACUCAUACACUCCCUCGUGUAGUAGGUAUGUUUGUACAGUAUAUAAGCUGGGUGAUCCUUGGUCACAUGUAGCAUUGCUGGGAGAUCAGACUCCUGCAUCAGCCGGCUGAAGGAUUCAGAACUUGAACACUAGGGGUGAAUUCAAGAUGCAUACUGUCAUGUUCAGCUGCUAUACAGACACUAACUGCAAACAAACGUUCAAUUCAAAACUAUUACUUUAACAUUUAAGAACGCUCAUGCAACGCUCUGGGCAUCUUGAAUACACCCCAGGAGACCACAGUGUCUCUGUAUAAUAUGUUAUCCAUAAUAACACUAGUAAAGCCCUGUAUGUGGUGGCACCCCACGAAUGGGGACUUAUCUCAUGUUUGGUAACUAUCUUAAGGGCGUCACUUGGAGAAAUAGCAACCUCCCCUUGGACAGAAAAUCUACUUGUCUUUUCUAAUGUUUUUACUCAAACACUUAUUAAUAGUUAAUCUGGGAAGCGACAAGCUUUUAAUGUGUAGAUUAUAGGAACUGGAGGAAGAGAAGUCAGGGUGGACUGUGGUGGUCAUGGUAGCGUUCAGGAGGAACAAAUAGGAGACAUGUUUUUAAAGCGUUUCCCAACUGUGUUCCUUCUGAACAAUACCGGUGUGAGAGGGAGUGACCUGAGAGUGAGGCUGUAUUCCAUCAACCACUCUAACCAUGUAGACCAGAUGCGUAUAUGUUGAGAGUUGGGCCAAUGUGGUCAGUGUUCUCUGGUUUUAGACGGGGAUAUACUGUAUUUAGAGAGUUGGGCCAAUGCGGUUUCUCUCUGAAUGUUCAUAGAGCGGCGCUUUCUCCUCAAUAGCCGUUGCUAAGUGAUGAUUAACGCUUCUGCUUUGUGCUGUUUACUGCUGAUAGUUUUCACAGUGAAAGCAGAUGUGCAAUUUGUUGACUUGGAUACACAUUAUCCCCAAUGCUAAUCAAUAAAAAUGUCUGUUAAAUUCACUGCUCUGUUUUGCUUGAUUACAGCGGGUCAUUUCAUAGGGAACUGUCAGAGGCGCUCUCGUAUUGUUACAGCACAACAGUUCAUUAAUAAAGUUCUAUAUGAGCGCUAACAUGAUGGCUGUGGUAAAACCUGGCCUAACUCUCUAUAUAUGUGACUGAUGUAGACUAUUGACUGGGCAUCCUCCUAAGUGGUACUCAAGAAUGGAUAUUGAAACGUAGCUGGAGUGUGUGGUAAGAGCGUCUGAUUGGAGAUCAGAGAGAUAUGAGUGAAAGGAAGCUUAAUGAAUAACAUCUGAGUCUAUGAUCGCUUAGUGAUGUCUAGCAAAGAUUUGGAAGCUGAAAAAUAGAUUGGAUUGGGUUUAGGGUUGUCAUGGUUAUUUUUUGUAAAAUCUGUAACCUUUGAACUCUGUGACCUUGAGAAUAAAUAUGAAAAUGGAUAUUCACAA